AUGACAUCCAAGGCAUUUCCGCAUAAAGUAAAAGACCGUUAUCGGGAGCUUCUAUGGGUCAGCCGACAAUGGCGGAACUUGAAAGAAUACAAAUGGUUUGGCUUUGGCCAUCAAAAUCGUUCUCCAACAACGGGUGAGCUAGCCCUAUUUUGCCCGGCUUGCCCACAACCUGGAAUCAAUCUUCCGAACAACUGGAAGGAGGACCCGGAGGUUUGGGCGUAUUCCCGAGGCUUCGUACUCGAUGGAAACUUUACCUGUAAUCAUAAAUUACAACGGCGGCCAGAAACGGAUGUCUGGUUAAAGCAUGUGAAGGAGACCAAGGAGGCACCUACCUGUAAUGAGCAUCAUGCAGUUAAUGAUCAGGCGAGGAUACACAAAGGUUGUGAUUCGACGGGACUUGGAGCCGCUGCAUGCCUCCGACAUGGAUGCUACUGCCCAGGUGGUGUUGUUGACUUUCANAAGGGAGAACGGUGA